UUCAAUGCAAUCUAUGCAGCAAUGUUUACCUACCUAUAUCUACCUAUUCUUCAUCCAGAAACAAUUCCAAUCGGCUAUUUUAUCUACAUUCAUAUUAUAAAGUGACGUAUUUUGGUAUUUGCCUUCCAACAUAAUUUAGCUAACUUAGCCUAACGCAGCUCGAAUGCUGGUGCUGUCAUUUUCAAACCAGGACGUUGACAGCGAACGCUGACUUUGUCUAUGCAACAGCAUGUGAUUGGAGAAGAGUGGACUGGGGUUUCUGUGCCUUCAUCUAUUACAUACACCCACAUCUACUUUCAUUCUCCCCCUCAUAGUCUUGUCUCAUAUUUUUAUUGAUAUUUCUUCCAUCAACUAUCUACCUACAUUCAGUAUUUGUUUAUCUUGUUCUCCCCAACUUAUCCAUCUCCACUUUCAGCCAUUUUUUGGUGCUUCAUCUCCACCACCCUCUGGCUAUGUCAUUGUCCCAGGAUGCUAAGCAUGCUUCCACACCUCUUCCUCUUCCAGCACAUUUCGCUCAAGCCCAGCAACCUUUCUCCAUCAAAAAAAGACGCCUUCCUUUUUCCUCACAUUCCACUUCUUCCUCAUCUCUUUCUCCUCCAUUUCUUUCACAGUCUCUACCCCCACGUCCUCCAUCUAAGGGCUGUCCCCCUCUCAGCCGAGUCUUUCCCCAUCAGUCUCCAUCCCCCUGGACACCCCUCUCCUGUUCCCUUUCCCAGACUCCUCUUCCUCCGUCACUUUAUGAUCCUUGCAAAUCCCAGUCCUUCUUCAGCCAGUGCUUCAUCAACCUCGGCUUGCUAGGGAGGGGCUCCUUUGGUGUAGUUUAUAAGGUCCUCAGUCUCCAGGAUGGACAGCAUUAUGCAAUCAAGCGCUCGGUGCAGCGUUUCCGAGGUGAUCGAGACCGGCAGAGAAGUGUAAGGGAGGCCAGGAACCAUGAGUGUUUAUGCCCCCAUCCUCACAUCCUGGGUUUCAAGGCUGCCUGGGAGGAGACAGGCCAUCUUUACAUCCAGACGGAGCUAUGCUGCACAAGCCUACUGAUGCACACUGAAGCCCAGCCACACAGCCCAGAAGAGUCGGUGGCAUGGGCCUACCUGUGUGACCUGCUGUCCGCAUUGCAGCACCUUCACUCCCGGGGGUUUGUCCAUUUGGACCUCAAGCCUGCCAAUGUCUUCAUGACCCGAUCAGGCCGUCUGAAGCUGGGGGACUUUGGGCUGUUGCUGGAGCUCGCCGGGGAGAGGAGAGGGCAGCUGGGCGGGACAGAAGGGGAAGAGAAGGAGGAGGGACAGGAAGGAGACCCUCGAUAUAUGGCCCCAGAACUGCUGAGAGGAGAAUACACUCCCGCUGCAGAUGUGUUCAGUCUAGGUGUGUCUAUUCUAGAGCUGGCCUGUAAUAUGGAGGUGCCAAAAGGAGGAGAUGGUUGGCAGCAGCUCAGACAGGGAAACCUGCCCUCUGCGUUUGUGAAUGGUCUGUCUGGGGACCUUCAGUCAGUGUUGAGGAUGAUGUUGUCUCCAGAUCCCUCGAUGAGGGCCACAGUUCCUCAGCUUCUUGCUCUCCCAAUGGUGAGGAGAUGGAGGUGGAGACGGCAGGUUUCUCUGUUUCUGGGCGAGUCCCUGCUCUUCCUGUUCUCCCUCUGUCAGACGGUGUUGUCCACUGCAAGGGGGCUCCUUUCUUCUGUCCACCUCCCGUUCCAAACCGGCCGGGUGCCUUCCGUGCCUUGCACCCCUCCUAGGGAUAGCUGGGGAAAUGAUGCGGACUGCAGCAGUCCUCUUCCUAGCUUCUCAUUCGCUGACACAGGGAGCCUGGAAGAAGAUGUGGUGUUUCUUCCAGAAGAAAUGGGACCAAAGUACUCUCCCACCCUCUUUCAUAGGACGAAAUCCCUGGUGUUUGUGGGUGGCACUUCUACGCCUCAUCCAAAAAGUCCCACUCCCACUCCCACUCCCACUCAUAGCUCCACACAUAACCUCAGUCUCACACACACUCCCACUAGCACACACACAAGUAGAUUGAAACAUCAUCAAGUAGCCACUUCUAAUCAAAGGCUAGUAGACACAGGAAUAAAAGCACACACUUCUGACACACUGACACCCUCUAGUGCAUGUAAUUCUGCCAACACAGAGAAUCAGCAACCUACAGCUACCCGGACUCAUAGUCCAGUCCUAAACUGGAUCAGACCUGAGCCUUGCUUGCGACCCACGUUUGAGCCCAAGAACCUCCUCAGCCUGUUUGAUGAGACCGCGCUGGAAGGACAGUCCUGAGGGCAGGAUGAUAUAGGCACCGUCUAUGCUGAUGAACCAUUACAGCAUGUUAACACUGCACUUAAAGAAUAAGAACACCUUUGGAAUGGGAUACUAUAACAUUUAAUGUAUUCUUGCCCUUUUUUUUAAGUGAUAUAUUCAUUUGGUGUUUCUAACUUAAAUUCUUUACUUUUACUUUUGGGCCGAGGAGAGUUAAAAUGUGCUUAAAAUUGAGUGCUCACCUUUGGUUUUCAAGCAUUUGGGUGUCAUGUUCUACCAUGCUGAUGAGGAACAGAGGGGAUGUUCGCUGAUGUUGCGAAAUUGCUGUAUUCCCUGUAUUGUAUGUUAUAACUAUGCCUGUGAAAUAAAAUUAAUAAUAUAUA